UUGCCUAAACGAGGACAAGACCGAUCUAAGAUGAUAUUGAAUUGGCCCUCCAUAUUUGUCCAACCCAAGCUUCCCAUGGUAAGGACAGCUUGCUUUGCUUCUGGUGUCAACACAGACCAGUUAAGAGAACAACUUGAUAAUCUUCACAAGGAAGCAGAAACCGCCAGAGCAAAAGCCAACAGUGCAAGAUUGAGGUUCCUGAGGUUGUCUGAGGCUGCAGAGAAGCUUCGGCAACAGGCUGCUCUCAGUGUUCAAACAGCGAAGGAAAAUGAUGCUAGGGAGCUACUUCUUCAAAAAAGGAAGGUUAUGCAGGCAAUGGAGAAGUCAAAGAAUCGCAUUGAGUUGCUUGAUGAGCUCGCAGCAAAGCUAACUGAGGUGAUAUCAGUCAAGGAAACCGAGCUGAUUGGGAAUGUCGCUUUGGAUCUUGAGGUUGGUGGGGAUGCUGCUCCGACCCCUGUCAGAUUCAUAUCUCCAAAAGAGGAAGUUCUGAAGACUUCCACUGAUGUUAAUUACUUUGACCAAAAUGAAAAGCUUGGUCAGAAUGAGGAAUUGGAGGGUGCUGCUUUGAAUCUGCCAGAACUGCAUUCCAGCGAUGAGCUGAAUAAUAGGGAGCAACCAGUGGAUGGAGAUGUUUGUAAAGAAGAUGAUGCAGUCCACGGUGUGAAGGAAAUAUCCUCCUAUGAGGACUUUUUGGAGUGUAUUGAUUGUCAUCUCCACAAAGUUGAAGUUGAAAUUCUUUCAUUACUAGAAUUUUCACGACUAAUACUGGAAAUCAAGGAAAAUGAAGAAAACUUGAAGGUGCAGCAUGUGGUGGAAAUUCUUAAGGAUGUUCUACAUAUUAGAGAGAGGAUAGGGAGCAUCAAGAAAACUGAAGUGGGAAUCAGAUAGUUUUUAACUCUAACAAAGUGGAUCUCCUCCAGCAGCUGCAAUAUGUCUGAAAGGAUAACUGCAUGUCUUUGUUGUUUGAACGAUAGUUCAUUAAAAUGGCAAUCUCAGUGGGAGAGUUUUGAUGAUAACAAAGAAAACAAGCAUGCCGUAGAGAAAAUGGAAGUUCUUGAUACUUUUUUUUUCCCAUUUAAUGCAAUGUUGGUAUUAAUGUGGUUUUUGACAUCUUAUGGAACCUAAGUGAUGUAAAAAAAUAUCCAAGUUUAUCUGU